CAUUUCCCAAUUUUUAUAUUAUGUUUCUACUGGACAUUUCCUGCUGUUUAUUAUUGUUGUGAAAAUGGUUUGUGAAAAAUGUCAAAAGAAGCUUGGGAAAGUUAUUACACCUGAUCCAUGGAAAUCAGGGGCCAGAAAUACAACAGAAAGCGGAGGAAGAGUGGUCAAUGAAAACAAAGCUUUGACAUCAAAGAAAAACAGGUUUACUCCAUACCAGACUUUCACUAAAUGCAGGAUUUGUAAGUCUUCUGUACAUCAAUCUGGCUCACAUUAUUGUCAAGGAUGUGCCUACAAGAAAGGAAUAUGUGCCAUGUGUGGCAAGAAGAUCAUUGAGACCAAGAACUACAGACAAACAUCAGUUUGAAAGAAAAGGACAGUUUACAGAGCAUAGAAUGAAAAGAAUUAUUGGAGGGAUAAUUCUACAAACAUAUUUUUUUUUUAAAAUGUCUGUCUAUAUUGUUUGUGAAUAAUUUUCAUCACUGUAUGAGCACUUUUUGAAAUAUUAAUGUGUUUUAAAACGUGUAUUAAGCAAUCGUCAUUUUAAAAAAAAAAUAUUAAGUCAAAUAUGUAAGAUAGACGUGAACAUUUAGUCUUGAUCAUGUUUUCACACAAGAUUAGAUCAAAGAACUUUGGGUGAAAAAUAUUGUGCUGUUAAUAAGAAAAAGGUGAUAAGAAUCACAGAUAAGAGUUUUCAUGUAUCAUAUUCUCAUUUUGAAUCAUUGUGAAUGUACCAGUGGUCUAAAUUUAAUUUUUCAAUAAUGUCAGUUAUUAUGAAAGAUAAAGAAACAAGAAACUCAACAUUGCUUCAAUUGACUGUUAGGAUAAAUUUAAAUUGAGCCAUGGUUUGUCUAAACUUUUGUUUGAUUUCGGAGAACGAAUCAUUAAAAGUUGUAAAAAAUUAACAUACUAGGCUCAGAAGAAAUUUUAUAAUUUAUAUGUAAUUUAUAGAUAAAUUGUCUUAGAAAUAUUGGGAUUUAUGAGAAAGAUUGUAAUAUAAGAAAUGGUUAUCAAGAGUUUUUAAGUGUAUAUAUUUGUAUAAAGAUGUCAUAAAAUAUGUGUAAGUUUUUAUAAAUAAACAU